CGAAGAUCAAAAAAUUUUCGUUUAUUGCAAUAAGCUGUAGAAAAUUUUAAGACACUAAAGUUUCACUUUCAAUCUCUUUUUAAUUUUCUAUGUCAAAAAAGCAUUAUUUGUAUAAAUUUGCAAUAUUUUUUAUCUCAAAAAAAUUUUAUAAUGUUAAUAUAGCAAGAACAUUUUCAAUAUCUUUAAUACAACCCUGAAUUGACAUAUGUAUGCAAAUUCGACCAAACAAACCAAAUUUGACCUGUAAUAUUUUAUCGCGUGCACUCCGAAAACAAAUUAGUUUUCUGUUUUUAACUAAGUUUAAAUUUUGAAAGAAAUGUCUAAUUUUGAGUUAUUAAGCGAGCAGGGCCUGCGUCUAGAUGGUCGUCGACCUCAUGAACUCCGUUGUAUAAAAUGUAAACUUGGUGUAUUUGAACAACCUGACGGUAGCGCCUAUUUGGAACAAGGCAAUACAAAAGUGCUCGCCGCUGUUUAUGGCCCACAUCAGGCGCAAAGUAACAAACUCGAUCUUAACGAAGUGGUUAUAAAUUGCCAAUAUAGUAUGGCGACAUUUUCUACGGCGGAACGUAAGAACAGACCACGUGGGGAUCGUAAAUCACAAGAAAUCACACUUUACCUACGGCAAGCACUGAGGGCUGCCAUAAAGACUGAGCUAUACCCACGUUCACAAAUUGAUGUGUACGUGGAAGUGUUACAAGCGGAUGGUGCCAAUUAUGCCGUUGCUCUAAAUGCCGCCACGCUUGCACUUGUGGAUGCUGGUAUUUGUCUAAAGGAAUACGUUGUGGCAUGUACCGCAUCUUUGAGUAAAAAUAACAUACCCCUUACGGAUGUUUCUCACGUGGAAGAGAUGUCCGGUGGACCCACAUUAACAGUCGCAUCUUUACCAACAUCUAAUAAGAUCGCGUUCAUGGAAAUGUCACAACGCUUCCAUCUUGAUAAUUUACCAGCUGUAAUGGAGCAGGCGUUAAACGGUUGCCGUGAAAUACAAGCGAUAAUGGAGAAAGAAGUGCGGAAACAUCUGAUGCAAAUGGGUUCUGCUGGAGACUGGAGUAAUAUUGCUAAAUAAGUUGAAAACAAAUUUAAAUAUUAUUGCGGAAAAAAGUAAAAAAUUUAGUUUAACAAAUUAAAUGUAUUUUAAAUAG